AUGCCACCAAAACCAAGAGGACGCGGGAGUACGCGUGCCCGCGCGGGAGGAAGGGGGGGUGCAACCGCCGGUCGAUCUACUGUCGGCGCCAGUGAAGCCAUAGAAGAUAUAACCCCGCAGGACAGCAGCACACCAGAAGCGCCCGAGGCUUUUCAGCCGUCAAUGAUACCAAAGCAGGAGAACAGCAACGAUGCAAACCAGUCAAGCACAAGCGACCAUGUUUCAACAACUGUUAAAUCGCAAGCACUGCCUUCGGUUGCCGCAUCUUCAGUCUCGACACCGCAGCAUGGCACAGAGAUCAGCAGUCGCCCACCAGUGCAACGUCUCGGUGACCUGCAAAGCUUGGAACCUCCCUCUCGAUCCGCCUCGCCGUCUAUACGCCGUGGCGGCUCUGUUCGAGGCAAAAAGGCCAUGCCCAAGCCCACUUUUACAGGUCGUCGAAGCAAGGAAGAGCGGAUAGCCCUGGAGAAGGAAGCUCUGGAGCGCGAGAAGGAGAGAACUAGGGAGCGCGAUCAGGCAAUCAUGAAGAAGGAGAAGAAAGCUGCACGAGAUGCGGAGAGAGAAGCAAAGCGAGCUACUAGAGGAAGAGGCGGUUAUAGCGGGGCGAUGAGUGGUCCUUUCUCGCUCGGCAGCUCCAGAGAAGAUCGGAAAACGAACAAUCGCAACUUCUCAGGCUUCGGUGCCGGAUCAGGCUCGCGAGCGGAACGCGUAAAGAACGAGGACGGCGAUCAUGGAGGAGGAAGCUCAGGCUUUAGAUCUUCUGGAGGGGGAGGGGGAAGCGGAGGAGGAGGAGGCGGAGGUCCAUCGAUCAAGAGGGAAGAUGGAGGUUAUGUCAGCUCUGAGGAUGAAGAAGACGCCGAAUUCCCCCGCAGAGAUAUCGAUCUCAUCGAGAUUUCCUCCGACGAAAACGAUGCUGCGCCAACGGAGCGUCCAGGGAGGUCAACAUUGCCUGUUCGAAUCGGCAGGAAAGAACAUCAAGAACGCGCUUUUGGAAUCAACACAGACGCAAGUACCGAAGCAUCAGCAAAAAUACUGGAAGAAGCGGAGACAGGCGGCAGAGCAUCCACGGCAAGCACAUCAGGGCGCUCCUCAGGCAAGGGCAAGGGCAAGGCGAAGGACGUUGAGAUUACAGGCUCACGAAAACCUUUCAAAGGAGUCUGGCAGGAUGCAGAUGAUAGGAUAGUGAAGGCAGAACCCGUCAGUGACGACGAGAACAUGGCAGAUGCAGAGCAAAUCGGCAUUGUAGAGCCGGUCGAGAAAUCAGAACCCCCACCAGACACGGACAGAAAACCGAAGACACGACUGCAGAACAUCUCAGAGCCAGUCCUGCAAACAGACGAAGACCGCGCAGAAUGGGCGCGCUUCCAGUCGAAUUUACGUCAUAUCAGAGCUGAACUGGGACCUGACGAGAUAGCUGCAGCAGAUGGGACUGGCGAUGUGAACAUGGCGGACGCUGCGGCUGACGCCAAAAAGGCCAGUGUGCGCGACAAUAACGUUUACCUCUUCCAGAUCCCGCCGCUCAUGCCAGAACUGCUCCUCCCUGACGACAAAAAGGAUGCGUCAGACUCUCCAGCCCCACCAGUCAAGGCUGAGGGCGUCAAAAUCAAAGUGGAAGAAGGCUUCUCAGACCCCUCCGCCAAGGCCUCAGACGGACCUCGUUUCGCCAGCGGUCUAGUUGGAAAACUACGCGUUCGGCAAUCUGGUCGCACGACGCUGGACUGGGGAGGUACCAGCUACGAACUGACGCCAGGAAACAAAGCGGGGUUUUUGCAGGAGGUGGUAUCUAUUAAUGUUGUUCCCGAAAAAGAUCGAGUGGUUGAAGAAGACGCCGGCGAAGCGGUCUCUUUCGGACGCGUCAAAGGAAAGUUCGUCGUCGUGCCCGACUGGAAUGAGAUGCUUGGGUGA